UAGCAGAUUGGUGUCACAUGACUUGUUCAUGAGCACGUGUAAUUGACAGGGUAGUUCGUGGACAGGAGAGGGAGAGCGAGGCAGGAGAGAUAGAGAUAGAUGCUAGUGGGAGUUACCAGCGGAGGAUCGGCGGGGGAAUGGAGCGUACUUUUUGUUGAUUGAGGGGGACCUACCGUUUCUCCCGCGGCAGAAGCGGUAGUUCCCUCCCCAGGACAAGCAUCAGUUUCCAAAUGUAACUCCGGGUGGUGGACAUAUAUGGAUAUUUAUAGGUUAAACAAAGAAAUGUGUCUAGAACAUCACCAAGACAAUCCCGGAAAUAACAGACAUACCCUCAGCAGGUCACGUAGGCUACAUUGCUGGAAGCUUUGCGUUACUGAUAGAAACGUUUCAAGCUUCUGAAUACCAGAAAACAUUUCAAUCGAAGACAAAUGUGAAACCAUUUAAAGAAAAAUCAUGAAUGAAAGAGAAAUUGUGGCAAGGAGACUUUUUAAUAUGAAACUUCCCACAACUGUGGCACCGCUCCUCUCUCGCAGCCUAGGCAGUUGUGCUGCACUCUCGCUCUCGCACGGUGGCUCCCGUAAAAAAUGAGGCGAGGACGUGGGCUACGUGCGCAUCUAGCACUAGACGAGAUGAAAUGGAGAGCUUGGAACACACGGACCUUUUAAAUCAAAGCUCUUCCCACGGACACAACAGUUUUCCAGCCUCCGGCGAGAGAGUGAGAAACGGUGAACACAUAUUUGGAGCUGCCGAGUUUCAACCUUUCCAAACCAACAUGGGACUCAAUGGACUAAACGGCUACUGCCAGGGCAUAGCGCCGGUUGGGAGCGCCACGGCCGCGGAAUUACUGUCUGGUCUGGCUUCAAAAACAAGCACUUCCAGCAUCACGGUUUUAAAGAAACAGACGAAUACUGGGCUGCCGUUCUAUAACGGUGGGAUUGUGUCUCCGUUCGCAACCAUUGAGGGCAGCCACAGUGGUCCCAACGGUUACCCUCCGCAAGUGAAAGGGGUGGGGGAGACACCCAAUGGCCUUGCGCAACCCCUAGGCAGCAGAGCACGCCUUGUGGAGAAUGGGGACAGAACACAACAUGAGAAAUGCAUUCUUCUGGUGAAGAGGCCCAAUGGUGACCCGCAGGUCAAACAGCUGCACCAUCGGAAGCGGAGAGGUGAGGAGAACCGGGACAUGGGUUCUGAGACGCCCAAAGGUUGUGCCUUAUCAGUGGGUUCAGGUUUAGGUACUCUAGGUAUGAUGGCCUAUGGACCAGGUGAGUCGAUAACCCCGGACUGCAAACGGAGACGAGUGUCGGAGAGCGAAGUUCACAAAGCGGAGCCCUCCAAACCCGGCAAGGCUGUCCUCCCUCUUGCUGCCAACGGCGACAGCAGCAUCAACAAUAACCAUAGCAACCUCAACCACUGCGCCACCCCUCACCCCUCUUUGCCCGACCCUCACAACAACAAGCUGCACCACAAUGUACACAAGGUGAUGCUGCUGGGCCCCGGGGUUGUUCCAGGCCAGAUGUCCCCGGUGGAGGCCAACAGCAUCCAGUCUCUACCGUUACCGGCCGGGGUAGGCUGGUCGGCAGAGAGUAUCGCCCAGCAGUACAUCGUGCCCUGCCUGACUUCCUAUGGUAUCUGUGUGAAGGACAGUUUCCUGGGGCCACGGCUGGGUGAGUCGGUGCUGGGCGAGGUGGAGAGUCUGAACCGCAGCGGGAAGUUCCGGGGGGGUCAGCUGGUCAGCCAGAGGAGCAUCCCCUCACGGAAUAUCCGUGGAGACCAGAUCGCCUGGGUGGAGGGGCACGAGCCAGGUUGCGAGGGCAUCGCCAUGCUGAUGGCACACAUCGACGAGGCCGUGAUGCACAGCGCUGCCCACGGGCAGCUGGGGGACUGUGUCAUCAAUGGACGCACCAAGGCUAUGGUGGCCUGUUACCCAGGUAACGGCACAGGGUACAUCCGUCACGUGGACAACCCUAACGGUGACGGCCGCUGCAUCACCUGCAUUUACUAUCUCAACAAGAACUGGGAUGUCAAGGUUCAAGGAGGUUUGCUGCAGAUCUAUCCAGAGGGGAAGAGUGUGGUGGCCAACAUAGAACCGCUGUUUGACCGUCUGCUCAUCUUCUGGUCCGACCGCAGGAACCCACACGAGGUUAAGCCAGCCUACGCUACACGCUAUGCCAUCACUGUCUGGUACUUUGAUGCCAAGGAGCGGGCCGAGGCCAGAGAGAAGUACAAACUGGCUCUUUAUUGGUUGAGAGGAGAUACGGCAGCAUCUGAUUGGGCAGUUGAGGGAAAGAGGGCGGAGAUGGAACAGUGGACUCAGUUGGCGAAUGGAGCGAGGCAGGGUCAGACUGACUCAGGUGGCAUAAGCGCCAAAGAGGAUGAAAAUGACUCCUCUUCAUCAGAUAAUUCAAAAAUUAUUUAAAGACAAAAAACUGAAUGGACAGACUCUUGUUUUUGCCUUAUGAAUAAUCAGCGCUAUUAUAAUAUAAUCAGAAAGCAAUCUUCUCUGCUCUCGCAAACUUUUCAGCUCAGUCAAAAGGGGUAAUAUACAAUAGACAUUUCUCCAAUCAAAAAGCAGGCCUAAGGAGACAGGAGCACCAUCUGCGGCGUCGGAGGAAUACGAUUGCAUCUGUUUUUCAGGGGAAAAUGAAAAAGAGCUUUUGGACAUUAACAAGACGAUACUCCAUCUUAACUCCACCUUCACAUUUACUAGAUUGGUUCAACAGUGCAGAAGAGAACCUCGCCAUGUAGUUCUCUCAUCAGGUUAAGACAGUUAGGGAAAUGUGAUUGGAGGUCCUGACUUUCACACACAUCGUGACACAUCCAGUGUGUUGCCUCAGCUACGCCCAGCCAUCAGUCAACAACGCACCAUUAAAGAGGAAGUGACCUCACAGGAAAGGGUCUUUUACAUAUCACACAGUAGUGUGACAUUCAGCUAUCCCAGCAUUCAUGUUGUUGGAGACCCUGUUAGGGUAUCCACCUGCCACCAGUGUACAGAGAAGACUGAAGACUCUCUUUAUCGCAGAGAAACACGAAGACUCUUUAACUCAACUAGUCAACAGAAAAAAAAAUCAAUAAUGUUUGUUCAUGUGACAGUCAGUGAGAAAGGAGUGUGUAAUGUCAGAAAGCAAUGUAGUACAAUUCCAAGAGCGUGUUUUUGUUUGAACGUUUUUGAAGACGACACCUAAACAAAGGUGGGUCGAAGGCAGGUCGAAACAGGGUUUGCUGAAUGUUAUAGUGUGUGUGUGUGUGUGUGAAAAUGUACUGUACAAGCAACCCUGUUUACUAGUACCUUGGUGGUCCCAGUUGCACCUGUAAGACCCACCCCUCCCUAUACGGAGACUAGAGGCUGCAUCAGCACUAUCAUCACCUACAGUGCAUUCUGGUCAACUCAAACAUACAAUAGAUUGGACACAGUUCACCACAACAUCUGAAUCUAACCUAACCCAAACCCUCAGUCAACCUUGUUAUACUCCACAGAAGCAAAUGUUAAUGCACAGAAGGGUCUGUGUGAAACUACUGCAGUGUCUAACUAUACUUGUGGGGACUAGAAGUCUCCACAAGAAUGGUAAAUUAACAAAAAGUCUCCAAGAAUGGUAAAUAAACAAAUUUAACUGUGGACAUUUUAGUUUGUCUCCACAAGGAAAAAUUAUAUUUCUAUGGGGUUUAGGGUUAAGGAAAAUAUGAUUUUGAAUGGGAAUCAAUUGUACCCCCCAACAAGGUUAGUUAAAUGUGUGUGUGUGUGUGUCUGGCCUUGAAUGGGGAUGCGCUUGUGUGUGUGCGUGUGUGUGACAGACUGGGUAAGAGAGAAGUAGAAAUUGGACUUUUCAGAAAUGCUAUCUGUGAAUGAUCAGUGUAAAUUUAGAAACAAACUGCUUUUAUGCUGUGGAUAAUAUGGUUGAGAUGCAAUAGUGACUAAAACAAUGAGAACAAAAAAAUGUUGCCUCCAGUUUUUUCAGAAAUUUUGCAUUAUUGAAUUAAAACGUGUUUUUGUACAAGAA